UUGGUAUGGGUCUGAUUAAGUAGUAGUAAAAAGAUAAAUAAUAUAUAUUUAUAUUAUGAUCUAAUGCCUCUUUCAUGUGCAUUGUGCUUUUUGUAAAGGUCUGAAUAUGUAUAGAGGAGAAAUCUUUGCAUAUCCAAUGUUUCUCCAAAAAGAGUUCCAGAGUGCUACAUUUUUGGCCAUGGAUGUGACCUGCCGAUAUGUGCCACACUUGACAAAAGUGUCAGAGGCCCUGACUCAUCUUCAACCCCUUCAGGAAAUGAGGCAUUGCUUGUCUGUGAUGCAUGCCAAAGCCCACAAUACAAAAUGCGAGGAACCAGGAGGGUGCCGGCACCACUCUCGGUGAAGAAGUUGAGCAAGUGAAUAGUUUUCUCUCCAGAUGUGCCCUUACCACCAAGUAUAUGGCCAAGUCAGUAAGAACUGACAUGCUGACUGUCCAUGCUAUGGGGUGGAAUGAACGGAAAGAGAAUGGCCUCCAUAUAGCCUUGUCUUCCAGAUUCAAGAAGACAGUAGAGAAGACUGUGGAUGUAGCUGAGAGCCUGAAGACAAUGCAGGAGCAGUUGCAUUGCUGUGAUGACAUGCUGAAACAAUGGGUUGUUGAUGUCAAGCAGUGGGCCAGUAGCAGAAGUGCAGCACCUGGUCCUGUUUGUGCUCAAAGUUUGCAGAUCACAAUCGAAGCACUCUUUGUGAGCAUUUGUCAGAAAAAGCACUACCUUUACAGACAGAAUGAUCGCAACAAAAGGCGACAGAAAAUAACUCAAAAGAUAGCCCAGGAAAAGAAACGGUUGCUGGAAGACAUCCAGAGAUACAACCAACCUUGUGACCUUGUGGACACAGACUUAGUUGUGCAGAAACUCUCUAACAAAGCUGCAGAGAGCAUGAUCUGGCCUUGGCAGGAACAGAACACAGACGGUGUGGACAUCCUCACAAAGAAGAAGCUCUUUGACCACGUAAUUCUUGCCUCACGACUAAAAGAGGAAAAGCAGAUCCUUGUGAAGGAGAUGCUGCAGCACUGCCAGUACCUCAAGGACUCAGUGGCAAAGGUCCAGACACUGAUGGGCACUGUUUUAGUGAGCACACAGACAGGAAUUAAGUGUAAAUCAAAUGAUCUGGCUACAUGCACUUUCAAAUUUAUAGGUCAAACUAUUUAAGUGGAAACCAAUCCUGCUAGUAUAGUCUUUGGUAAAUUAAUUUCAACAUCAAUUAACAACAUUUCCAGGCUUGCCAAAUGGAUUAACCGAGGAGGGGUCCAAGGGCCUCAUCAGUGCACUAAAGAGAAGACUGCAAGACCUGAGACUCCAACAGCAGACCAUAGCAGGCACCUACAGAUGCACUCUCAAACCAAGUAACAGACUGGUGGAAGAGGAGGACAGGGAAAUGGAGGAAGACAUGGACUGGCAACGUGGCAACAGCUCGGAUGAUGAUGAUAGUGAUGAGGAGGAGGAUGCAGAGAAUUUAACUCAAGUCACUUGGAUUUGAAUCACUCAGUCACAGCUGUAAUCGCCUGAGACCUAACUUGAUAUACUGUGAUGUAUACUAUGUGUUCUCUCCCUUUGAUCUCUACCUGUAAUGGCCCAGACGAGUCAAUUGCAACAGAGGCUGCCUCCAGAGCAUGACUGCAGCAGAGCACAAAGCAUUAUUUGUAAAUGAGUGGUAGAACAUAACACUUAACUUAUAACAUGGGUGAGUUGGUGACCUAGCUUUCGUUAUCGGGUUUUUGUUUUAGAUUCACUGUUAGGUAAGGGAGCGCGCUGGCUCUGCCUUCCCAUUGCGGGGAGGGCCAGCGGCUACCAGGUUUUGGUUUUAUUUUCACUAACUCAGUCUUGUUUUUCUGUUC